UAAUAAGGAAUUUUUAUUUACUUUUUAUCUUAAAUCAAGCAUCAUGUUAGUUGUAAUUUAAGACUAUGAAAAUAUGAUAAUAUUUAUUUGGCAAUUCCUAUGAAAACUUGUAAAAAAGGAUUUUCAAAUCUUUAAUUGACAAUGUCGAAACCAGACAAUUUGGCAACCAGACUCUGCAGUAUAUUAGCUUUACAGAACGGAAAUGGUUCAACAGAGAACGCACAAGAAUGGAGAGUACUAGGAAAUGAAAAAGACGGCAGCAUAGUAUUAACUUGGAUAACAUUAGAUAAAGAAAAUAAAGAGCAAAGCCACUUAGGACUGUACAUCUCUCAUGGAAAAAUUAGUCAAAGGUUAAAGAAGAUCUAUUCAUUUAAUACAAAGCGUAAUAUUAUUCAAGCAUCUGUGAAUGAAUCGAAAACUUUAGUUGCAUUUGUUACCAAAGAAGAAGAUUGUGAAGAAAAUGAAAAUGAUCAGUUAUUUUACUGUCCAUAUGUUGUUGAAAUUAAUACUAAUGGAUCGAUAGUUAAACCAUAUGAUUUUGGCAAAAAGCAAACAGCUCAAACUAUGGUACAGUUUCUUUAUAAAAAAAAUAAUCAUUCGAACAAAGAUAGAUUAUUAAUAUUAAUACAUCAGCAAGCUAGUUUUAUUUAUACACUUACGUGUGAUAUGAACUGUGAUGCUAGCGAAUGCUGCUUAAAAAGAGAAACAAUUUCAGGUGAAGCAGUUUGCCAGUCAUUUACAUGGGCUCAAUGGGAUCCAAAAUUGCAAACAUUAUUCUAUAUUCAUUUUCGAAAAGCUCUAGCACCAAUAGAUGAUUUGUUUUCAGAAAAGGUUGAGCAAACUGCUAAUAAGCCCACAUUAUCUGCUUUACAAUUUCAUGAUGAAUUGCCUCACGAAACAGUAUUAAAUAUUCCUCUAAGUCUCCCCAAUUGUUCUGUAUCGCCUAGUUGUAAUAUUUACGAAGAUGACUGUAUACCUUUAAGAGUUCAUGACUGUUCAUUAGAUUUAUUAAUUUUAACUGAAGAAUCUUCAGGAAUGCUGUGCAUUUGCCAUCAUUAUGUUUAUAAGCCUUCUAUGUCAACAUCAGAAGUUGAUGUAGAUAGCAUGGUACAUUUUGCAUAUUCUGUCACAGUUUUACAUCAUGGCUGUGUUGUUCACUGUGUAGUUCCAAAGUUAUCGUGGGAGAAAGCAAGAACUUUAAGAUUAACAUUUGCAUUUCAUGGAGACCAUCAUUUAAUGAUAUUAGUUCCUGGCUUAUUCACCCAUAUUCUGGAUAUUGGAAUUCGACAUACACCAUCAGCUCAUAUUGUGGCUGGACCCUGCACUGACCGAGUCACUUCUCAUCUGAUACCAAUGAUUGGACAACCUGAUUUGGCAUUAGAUGCGGUUACAUUAGACAUUGUGCCGUUGAAAGUGGAAUCAGAUCUACUGAUUAAUGCAUUUAAGAGUGAUAGUUCAUUGGAUAAUAGAACUGCAAUUUUACAUUAUUUUUUAGUGCAUGAAUAUAAUAUGGAUGCUGUUUUUGAGCUGAUGAACAUAAUUAUGUCUUGUCCUCUGGAUUUGGCUGUGAGUCAGUUACUACAAGAAUUUUUACUAGGAAGUGCAUUUGCAUCAGUUGAUCGUAGUAUGACACAAGAGGCCGGACCUCUUCUACAUUUAUUACCUGUCACUACACUAAAUAAUAGAAAACCAGUUACAUCAAAGGUGUCAAAUCUAUCAGUUGGAGUCUCUCAUGAGUUAUUGUACAGUUCUGGAAUGGCUUUGUUAUCACCUACACAGCGCUUGCAACCAUAUUGCUCGGAUAUGUGGACUAAAUUAUGGGAUUUAUUAGAGCGUCAAACACAAAGCAAACCUAGAUUUCAAUCUAGUCAAGUGGCUGAUAAGCUUUUGGUUUCACUUGUGUGUUAUCAGCCUGAAGCAUUAUCUCGAUGCACAACACCUAUGUCACCUUGUGCUAGUCCGCUCACAGACCUCAAUCGAGCUCCUGAUGCUCUUCCUUUUGAAGAAGUGGAAUCAUGCACAGCGAGCAAGCAGGAACAUGUAAUAUCUGUUAAUCUUCGUGAACUAAGUAUGCAUUUGGUAAAGCAUUCUGCAGGCCGAGCUCGCUGGCUGCAACAGUCAUCAGUGGGCAGGGCAUUGUUUUCAUCUAACACCGGCAACGCGAGCGCUGGCCACGUCCAUGCGGUGGCUACUCGUUAUGCGACUGGACAACUUGAACAAUCUAGGCGCCUCUGCCUCAUGCUUUGUCGAAUCGUUGGAUUAGAUUCACAUAAAACUUUGCUCAAAGGAUUCCAAUUAAUAGAUCACAUUCCUGAUAAUAAGCGCUAUGAGUUGUUCAUAGUUUUGGAGCGAUAUAUGCAAGCAGUUGAAACAUUAGCAUUUCCACUACCCCAAGGAUUCUCUUCAUUUUUUUGCCUUCUAGGUUAUCAUGUGUUACCUUCUGAUACUUUUAUGCAAUAUGUUAGAAGAAACGUUUUCGAGCUACAGGUUGAUGUGAUGAAGUAUAUUAUGGCAGUUACCGAUGAUUCAACUGAAGGUAUCAAACGAAAACUCGCUCUACUUAACUGCUUACCGCGAUCUAGGGCACGACGUUUGCUCGCUAAUUGGCCGCAUCCUAUUGCUUUGAUGCUGCGGGCUAGAGAACACACCUUGCAUAUAUUAUCUGGCGAACCAGGCGGACCCCUCAAGCAUACAUCUCAUAACCAAACUGUGAAAAAUAAGCAAACGACCGGCCUGGACGCAUUUCCUUCGGCUGAGCGUCUGUCUCCGCUAGAUACUUUCCUUGACUUACUAACCGCGAAGGCCAGUUUGCAUGAACUGGACUUCAAUCUACUAAUCGAGGCAACAAUUACUUCCACACAACAAUAUUUGUAAUUCAUUAAUAUUUGCUUGUUUCAACUAUCAAUAAUUUGAAAAUGCAUGAAUUUCUUA